AUGAAUUUGAGAAAAUUUUCCCAGUUGUCAUAUUUUUAAGCGAAAAGUUAAAAGCAAUAGAAUCAGCAAACCAAGGCUGUAUAAUAGAAAAACAUGAAGCCUAUCUAUGAAUUUGAGAAGAAAAAUUUGAAAGAGUAGUUUGAAUAAAAUCAAAGCAAUCAAUAAACGUUGAUUAACCAAGAGACAAAUGAGAUUACAGUUUCUGAUUUCGAAGCAUCUACUCAUGUGGAAAAAAAAUGUAAAAUUUACAUAAUUAAAGUAAUUAGCAAUCCAAGGGCGAAAAGAAAACAUUUUUCACCAAUCUUCAGAACAAACAACAUUACAGUUGAUCAAAAUUCAACUAGAUUCUAAUUAUCUUUAUCUAGAGAAAAAUUGUUAAGCCAUGAUGCUAUCAGUUUAUGGGAUUCAAAUCAAAGAGGAAAUAAAUAAUCAUCUCAUAGUGUUUAGAUAGAAGAUAAAUAAACAUUCAUCAGCAAAGGUUCAAAGAAAAAGUUAGAGAAAGGUAUCAAAAUAUAGUAAGAAUUGGAUGAAUUCCUCAAGUUUAGGCAUUAGAAUAUAUAAACUUAAUUUGAUUGUACCAAACUAAAAAAAUUUGAAAAAAGAAAACUGAAAACCAAAAUUAGUAUUGAGUAUCAAAUUGAUUCAAGAAUUGAUAAAUAAAAUAAUGAAAAAGAAUGCUAAUUUAAUGGUUUGAAUAAUCAAAACUAAGAUUUAUAUACUAAAUUAAAUAAUUCAUAAGAAUAGAAAGAAAAAUCAAAAAAUAGUAGUUCUAUCAAAAGUAACCCUUUGAUUCCAAUUCACAUUCGAUACUAAUAUGAAAAAGAAUAUAAGGAUGCUAAAUAAAAAUCAAACGAAAAGUUAAAUGAAUAAUAAUAAUAUCUUUAAAGAAAAAAAGUAAGUAAGGAUUAAAUAGAGGAGUUCUUUAAAGAAUAAUAGAAAUUUAUGUAAAAGAGAGCUGACUUUUUUGAAAAAGAAUUUGAGAAGAAACUUUGGGAAGCAUCCUAACAUGAAAGUGAGUUUCUUUAUAAACCAGUGCUUAAUGAAUAAUCAAGUCGAAUUUUGGAUAAGAAAUUAAAAGGAAAAAAAUUUGAUUAGAGAAUAGAACAAUUCUAAUAGAAUAGAUAAAAUAAAAUAGAGGAAUAGAUAUAAAACAUGAAACCAUCUUUCACUCCAAAAAUAAGCAAAAUGUCAAGAAAACUCAUGGAAAACCCAAAAUAAAAAAAUGAUAAUGGAGUUUAGUCAUAUAAUUAUAAAGCUAAGACUCAAGAAGGAUAGUGA